AUGAUAAUAAAAGAAGAAAUUAAACAAGAAUUAAUAAAAGCAGAUGUGAGAUUAGACAAAAUAUCAAAGAAUUUGAAGAAAUUUGAAGAAGGAGAAAAUGAUAGAAAGUGGUUGAACAAGGGUCAUUGGAAGCAGAGAAGAAGAGAAUAUGCUUAUGGUAUUCUUACUGAUACAAAUUUUUCUAUUGCUAACCUUACACCAUUAAAAAAUAAAGACAGUUCUGUAAGGGAAUAUGAUCAUAAUAUUCAUAAACCAUUUAUUUAUAUAGUAAUACAGGAUUGCUUAAGUGACAUAGAUCAGAUUCCACAUGAUAAAGAUAUCUCAACAUAUGAUAUUAUUCAGUUUGAUAGACCUUUUUGGGUAUCUAAUUGGAUAGCUAGCAAACACUUAGAUAAUCAAUUUAAAUUUCGUGAUGUAAUAAAUCUUGCAAAAGCUAAACUUCUUGGAAGUACCUCUAGUUGGAAUAUAGCAUUAAGCAUUGCACUAGAACUUGUUAGGGCACACAUGGUUACUCUGAUUACAAUUGAUAAAAAUUAUGAAAAUUAUAUUAUCACAUACCCUUUUGAACCUAUACUUUCAGAGGCUUCAUUAGAACUAAUUAUUCUUAAUACUAGCACUCAAGGUGAGCUUGCUGUAAGGUUAUUAUUAUUGAAUGCCUGA